AUGAUAUCUGCAUACUCGCUCUUCUUGCAGUUGGCAGGACUUUUCCUUGCCUACAGCAUCUGUCUUAUUAUAUAUCGGGCCUACUUCAGUCCCCUAUCGAAGAUUCCGGGCCCGAAACUUGCUGCAAUAACCUGGUGGUACCAGUUCUAUUAUGAUGUCGUUCAUAAAGGACAAUACAUCUGGGCCGUACGGUCGAUGCAUGAGAAAUACGGGCCCAUAGUGCGGAUUAACCCCUGUGAGAUCCAUAUCUGCGAAUCCGACUUUUACGACACCCUCUAUGCUUCAGGAGGGCCCAACCGAAAACGAAAUAAAUGGACAUGGGAUACAAUCGGGGCCGCUGGGGUGACAGACUCGGCACUUUCAACAGUCAACCAUGACCACCACCGUAUGAGAAGAACUGCCCUUGCCCCGUUCUUUUCGAUGCAGAAUGUGAAGAAACUGCAGCCCAUUAUUCAGGAGAAGCGGCUCUUGGCCCAAAUCGAAGCUCUGAAAUUGGAAUCCUCCACCAUCAGCAAGGAGUCAACCCAUCGGACAAUAUUUCGAGAACUCCUGAGUAGCAAGCUGCCGUCUGAAGAGAAGGCCCCCGCACGCUUAGCUGGCGAAGCACAGGUCCUAGUUAGUGCUGGUAGUGAAACUACCGCCAGGGCGCUGACCAACGCUUGCUUCUAUCUCCUAACAUCGCCGGAUGUCCUCGCGACUCUCAAAACGGAACUUGAGAGUGCAAUCCCAGCAACUAACUUCAAGAACGGCGUAGCCCUAGAAUGCGUCCAGCAGCUACCGUACCUCACCGCAGUCAUUAAGGAGUCUCUACGCCUCUCGUAUGGUGUAGUCGGUCGACUCCAACGCGUCUUUCCAAACGAAGAUUUGCAUUUUCACGAAUGGGUAAUUCCCAAGGGCACACCAGUAAGUAUGUCAACUUAUGACAUGCAUCAUGACGAGACCAUAUUUGCGGACUCGUACCAGUUCAGACCCGAACGGUGGCUUCAGAAUGCCGUCCUCGAUAGGUAUCUCGUCUCGUUUGGUAAGGGCAGUCGGCAGUGCCUGGGGAUGAAUUUGGCCAUGGCAGAGAUGUAUCUCACUCUAUCCAGUUUGUUUCGGUGGUUUGGCUCGGGCGAUGUAAGGAGGCCACACGAUGUGGGACAAUUGGAACUGUUCGAGACAGAUGAAAGCGAUAUCAAAAUGAUCGGGGAGGUACUAGUUCCCAUGGUGAAGGAAGGUACCCAGGGCGUUCGGAUUAUGUUAGCAUAG